AUGUAUUCCGCGAAAUCAUCUUUCGAGCGUUAUCGUCCUCGUCGACUCGUCCGAGAGGAAGAGGAUAAGGAUGAAGAGGAGAACAACGACCACGACGGCCCUUUUGCGUUCGUGACGAAACCUACUCGGUUGAGAGAGGACGAGGACGAUGAAGAGGAAGAGGAGGAGAUUUUCUUGGACCACGACGAAAGCCACGAUGAAGAAGACGACGAUGAAGACGAAGUGGGAACGUGCUCGACAACCUCUACGGUUCUCUUGGAAAAGAACCGAGAGCUCGAUGCGAUCGCGAUGAAAUUGCAACGAACGAUUUUUGAGUGCGAAAAGACGACGAAACGGUUGGACGAACGCGAGGGGAUUUUGUUGCAAGCGCAGGAGAGUUUGCAUCGCGAUUGCACAAAAUUUGAGAACUUUGCGAGAGAGAACGAACGAAAGAUGCAGAAAGCGAUGGAAAGCGCGAAGGAGAGUAAGAUGGAGCGCUGGGUUUUAGAAAACGAGGUUCUCGUGGCGUUGAGGAGGGAGGCGAGUUCAUUCGGGCGGCGGAGGAGACGGUGCGAGAGGAAGAAUCGGGCGUUGUCGAGCGUGUUGGAGUUUCUGAGAGCGUGUUGUGGACACGGAAGACGCGAAGACUCGUCGUCAGAUGGAAGAAUAAGUUUUGGGUCGACGUCGGCAGAUUUAGAGACUACUAUCGCACCGAGCGAAAACGAGGACGAGGACGAGGCGCGAGGCGGCGGCGACGGCGAUGACGGCGGUAGGAAAUUUGAAGACAUUGCCGAUAUUCUUUUCCGACACGCGACUCUGAAAGAUGUGAACGAUUCUUUACGCGCGAGGAAGGAAUACGCCUCGAGCGCUUCAGAGGAGGUGUUCGAGAAGUUCUCGGAACAUAAAAAAGUUAUCAAAGAAACUAUAGAGAGUGAAAAAUCAGCCGUGCUUACCUUGCGCGAAAAGCAAAAAGAGACGACAAUAGAGAGCAAACGAGAGAUCGAAACGGCCAAAGCGCAAAUCGCAAAAAGAAUGAUGACCGAAAAGUCUUUGGCACUAAUAUACGCGGCGAUAGAUAAUUUAUCCAGUCGGUUCUGA